CUUCUUCUUCGUCACCCAACACCACACCGCGCUCGCCCUCCCUCCCUCCCUCCCUCCCUCUUUCUGCCCCCAUCCACUCGCUCUCAGGCACCAUGGCUCGCUUCCGCUGGACCUCGCCUUUGGCCCAGGUCAUCGCCGUCGGCUUCAUCUGCUUCUGCUGCCCCGGAAUGUUCAACGCCCUCAACUCCCUCGGCGGCGGUGGCCAGGUCGACUCCAAGGUCGGACAGAACGCCAACGUCGCCCUCUAUACCUGCUUCGCCAUCUUCGGCCUCCUCUCCGGUGCGAUCCAUAACAAGUUGGGCCCCAAGUGGACCAUCUUCAUCGGCUGCUCCACCUACGUCCUCUACGCCGGCUCCCUUCUCUGCUAUAACCACACCCAGGCCGGCGCAUUCACCAUUGCUGCUGGAGGUCUCCUCGGUGUCGGUGCCGGUAUGCUCUGGACCGCCCAGGGCGCUAUCAUGAUGGCCUACCCCCGCGAAAAAGACAAGGGCAAAUUUAUCGGAUACUUCUGGGCCAUCUUCAACUGCGGUGCUGUCCUCGGAUCCGUCAUCGCCUUCGCCAUCAAUUUCCACGUUACCGAGGUCAAGUCGCUGGGCGACUCCACCUACAUUGUGUUCAUCGUCCUCAUGGCUAUCGGUACCUUGAUUGCCCUCUCCCUCGUCCCUCCCUCGGCCGUCACCCACUCGAACGGCGAUAGAAUCCAGAUCCAAGAGUUCCCUACCUGGACCGGGGAGAUCGUUGCUGUCAUGAAGCUCUUCCUUGACUGGCGCAUGAUUGUCUUGAUCCCAAUGUUCUUGUCCUCCAACUGGUUCUACUCCUACCAGUUCUCGACCGUCAACGGUUUCUACUUCUCCACCCGCACCCAGUCCUUGAACAACAUCUUCUACUGGUUCUCUCAGAUUGGAGGCUCCUGGACCUUUGCCCGCGUCCUCGACUACCAAGGCGUCAAUCGCAGGACUCGCGCUCUUUGGGGUCUCGCAGUCGUCACGGUCUGCUUUGUGUGUACCUGGAUCGGAGGCGUCUUCUUCCAGAGGACCUAUAAUAUUCACGACUCUAUGGGCAACCACGACUUCAAGGAGGGUGCCUCGUAUAUCGGGCCCCUCUUCCUCUACAUGUUCUACGGCUUGAACGAUGCUGCCUGGCAAACUUACUGCUACUGGUUGAUGGGUGCCCUCUCCAACGAUGUCGCGGUCCUUUCGCGUUACGCCGGCUUCUACAAGUGCAUCCAGUCCUCUGGUGGUGCAAUUGCUUGGAGGAUCAACGCCGUGAAGGCUCCCUUCAUGACCGAAUUGAUCAUCUGCUUUGCCCUCUUGGCUGCCUCGAUCCCCGGUGCCCUCUUCCUGUCUCUGCGGAUCAAGGACCACUCUGACGAUGUUAGCGGCGUGGACAACGUCGGCCACAAGCACGAAAUCAUGGAGAAGGCCGACCAGAAGAGCGAGUAUCCUGUCUAAACCAACUCCAUCUGUUUAGUAGUUUCAGUCUCAUUCUACACCCCUAUCUAUUGUAAUUAUACUUUGUAAAGAAAGAAAUAAACGAUACCUCAG